CAUUCUGCAGCAUCAUACGUGUAUUUUUCCGGUCCUCGUCCCUUUCUAUUCUUCAGCUUCUGUUCGGUGGCGAGCUAUAGCGCACGGUUCUUAGUAAAGUGCCGGCACAAAAAUGAUGGGAUCACUUAAAAUCGUGUUAUUCUUAGGUGUAAUAUAUUUGUGUAGGGCCGCCGAAGAGGACGUGCUAGAUCUUACAGAUUCGGACUUUUCAUCUGUACUAUCUCAACAUGAUACGGCGCUGGUCAUGUUUUAUGCUCCAUGGUGCGGGCAUUGUAAAAGACUGAAACCGGAGUACGCGGUGGCGGCCGGCGUGCUGAAGGGCGACGACCCGCAGGUGACGCUGGCGAAGGUGGACUGCACGGAGGGCGGCAAGGCUACCUGCGAGCAGUUCUCCGUCUCGGGAUACCCGACCCUGAAGAUCUUCCGUAAAGGAGAGGUAUCUCAGGACUACAAUGGGCCUAGGGAGGCAAAUGGCAUUGUCAAAUACAUGCGCGCCCAAGUCGGCCCCAGCUCCAAGGACCUCCUCACCGUGGCCGACUACGAGAACUUCCUCAAAAAGGACGAAGUCACCAUCAUCGGUUUCUUCGAGAAGGAGAGUGACUUGAAGGGAGAGUUCCUGAAGACGGCUGAUAAGAUGAGGGAGGAGGUCACGUUUGCGCACUCCACCGCUAAGGAGGUCUUGGACAAGGCUGGUUACAAAGACAACGUAGUCCUGUACCGUCCCAAGCGUCUGCAGAACAAGUUUGAGGAGUCCUCCGUGGUUUACUCUGGCGAUGACCUCAAGGCCUUCAUCAAGGACAAGUACCAUGGUCUGGUCGGCGUGCGCCAGAAGGACAACAUCGCCGAUUUCUCCAACCCCCUGGUGGUCGCCUACUACGGCGUGGACUACGUCAAGAACCCCAAGGGCACCAACUACUGGAGGAACCGUGUGCUCAAGGUCGCCAAGGAGCUCUCAGAAGUGACAUUCGCCAUCAGCAGCAAAGAUGAGUUUACCCACGAACUGAACGAGUAUGGCAUCGACUUCGCCAAGGGUGACAAGCCUGUCGUCGCCGGCAGAGACGCCGAUGGCAACAAGUACAUCAUGUCCGCUGAAUUCAGCAUUGAGAACCUCCUCCAAUUCACCAAGGACCUUCUCGCCGGGAAACUAGAGCCUUUCAUUAAGUCCGAAGCCGUCCCCGAGCCCAACGACGGCCCCGUCAAGGUCGCCGUCGGCAAGAACUUCAAGAGUCUAGUCACGGACAGCGGCCGUGACGCGCUCGUCGAGUUCUACGCGCCUUGGUGCGGUCAUUGCCAGAAGCUUACUCCAGUGUGGGAGGAGCUGGGAGAGAAGUUGAAGGGUGAAGACGUCGACAUCGUCAAGAUCGACGCGACGGCCAACGACUGGCCCAAGUCUCUGUACGACGUGUCAGGGUUCCCCACCAUCUUCUGGAAGUCCGCCGACGGCAAGAAGCCCAUCAGAUAUAAUGGUGGACGUGCCCUCGACGACUUCAUCAAGUACGUCGCGGAGCAGGCCUCCAGCGAACUCAAGGGCUUCGACAGGAAGGGCAAUGAGAAGAAGCGUGACGAGCUCUAAUCCUAGCAAACAGAUCUGAAGGCACCGCUGGUCGCUACUUGUCUCUGUCACACUGCACUGGAAAAAUGAGGUGGAUAUACGUUUGAAAGCUUCGGCCUACUUUUCUAUUUUGUAGCGCGCCUCUUCCACUCUUUAUAGUCAGGGGUGUAGUAAGUUAGAGUGAGACAGACGAUGAACCGAGUUUAUAACGGGGUAAGAUUCUUUUUUUUUUAAGAUGGAUUGAAAGUAGCGACCACUAGUGCGCGAGUGUGUGUGUCUCAAUCUAAGUGGGAAAAUAUAUAUAAUCUGUAGGCAGUGUAUACACUGGUAACACUUUGAAAGUACACAGAUUCGUUAUUUUUUAAUCGGAAGUAUAAUCUAACGUUUCAAGUAUUGCCAGUUUUCUAAAUAAAAAUAGUGCUAGUAUGAAUUGCAUGGAGAAAUUAUGAAUGAAUUCAUUCAAAGUCGCCGUGCAUUCGACUGAUGGUACAUUAAGUGUACUUGUACUUUGGAUUCCCGUAGAAUUGUUAUUUUUUAUGCUGGCAACAUUACAUGCACCGUUAGAUUUAUGACUUGAUAAGAAAUGGCGGAUUUUGA